AUGUUAUUACAGAAUAUUUUAAGAAAACCUUGUGAAACAACAAUCAUGAGAAAAAACUCAAUCACAAAAAAUGCAAGAUUAUUGUCAGAAUUAGAAGAAAUUUCCUGCAUGUUAAAUAAAAGAAAUAAUACAAUAGAAAACAUUGAUAAUUCAUCUAAUGAUACAAUUAAGCUCAAUACAGAAAUUCAAUCAUUUAUGAAUGAUACUCGUAAUGAACUUCAAUUUUAUCUUAAAGACAAUAGAAUUACGAAUUCCACAGAAAAAUGUCAAAAGGCAUCCACAUACAUAAAUUGGAGAGGAAUGGACUAUGUUAAUUUGCUAUUAAGUGGAAAAGAAGAUUAUAAUAUCUCCUGUCUUGUUGAAAAAUGGAAUGAGAAACAAAAUUCUUUUCAAACAAGUAUAGUUGAAAAAACAAAUUCAACGUGCAAUGAAAAAACGUUUAACUAUUGUGCUAUUUUGAAUAAAAAUAAUAACUGCACUAGACCUUAUGAAAAUAAUGAUCUACCAGUAAGCACAUUAUUAACAUACGUUCAACUAGAGCAAGAUAAUUAUAGUACUAAUAAAAUUCAAAUUAUUGGAGAUAGAGAGAGUAGGUUUCACAAUAUUACUAAUGAUAUAUCUGAUUACUAUUACAGAAUGUAUGAAAAUAACAAAUCUCCACGUAAUUGUGGAAAGUGGAGUAUGUAUAUUUAUAAGAGAGGAAUGCAAUUUGUUAAUAUGUUCUCCAGUGAAUUUUAUGAUGAUAGAAGAUAUAUAAAUGAUUCCAUUACAAGAUGGAAUGCAUAUAGUAAUAAUAUACAAACUACUGUGUUUCAUGAUACUAAAUAUCAUUGUAAUAUGACAACAUUAAUUUAUCAAAUUAAAGAACGAAAAAAUACAACUGAUCCAUAUAAUUUAGAUUGGCUUUCUUCAAAUAGCACUCAAAAUAAAUCUAAUGAAACUUCAUAUAAUACAACUGCAUUACCAGAUAGCUUACAACCUACAACUGUAACUCCUAAUGUAUUGCAUAAUAAUACUACUACAGGCUCAUUGGGUAAAAAUACGACUAGUGUUAAUAACGUAAAUGGUGUGAAUCCCUCUGAAAAUACAUUAACAAAUGUCACCUCAGUACCAUCAAUGACUACAGAUCAAACUUCCCCAGAAACUGCAACCACAAUUUCUCCAGAAGACUUAACACAAUCCAAUUCUUUAACUCCGAAUGGUACAAUACAUUCUAAUACUAAUACUAUAACUGGCACAACCUCAUCUUCACCAUCCCCUGAGGUUGUAACAUCCCCUACAACUGAAGCAUUACCUUCAAAUUCUACUACAACUAGUGGAACACCUACAGUUACACCUUUACCUGGAGAAAUAUCUGAUACAACGGCCAAUGAAUAUUCUAAUACUACUAUGAAGUCAUUUACAAGUAAUAUUGCACCUUCUACUACUACCACUCCGCCACCUAUAACUGCAUCUUUACCUUCUUCUAUAUCUAAACCCUCACCUUCAGACUCUCCUACAAGUAGUACUUCAUCUGUAAUUACAUCUUUCUCUGAGAAUAUGUCUCCUACAAAUAUAUAUAUACCUUCUACUAAUAAUACUGUAUCUCCUACAACUAAGCCUUUAUUUUCACAUUCUCCUACAAGUAGUGGUGCAUCUACAGUUACACAAUUUCCUGUUAACGAGUCUUCUACAAAUGUAACUGCUUCUUCUACAGUUAUCACUGCGUAUUCUACCACUAUCGUUGAAUCAAUGGAAAAUAAUAUUACACAUUCUACAACACACACUAAAUCUCCUACAACUUCAUCUUUACCUUCUGAAACUGCAACUUCUGUAUAUAAUACAUCUACAAAUAACAAUGAGACUAUUACAAAUAAAGUUACAUCUCCUGCAAUUGACACUGCAUCUUCUAUGUCUGAUAUUAUACCUUCAACUCCACCUUCGUAUUCUCCUGAUAAUACAUCUAUUCUCACAACAAAGGCUGCUUUUUUUCCUACAACAAAUAACAAUUUACCUUCAAAUCAGACAGAUAGUACCCAACUGCAGAACCAACAAAAUACACAAGCACCUCUUCUACAGGCUCAACAACAUUUAGUUGAAAAUAAUACUGGAUAUCUUUCAAUAAGUCCAAAUGCCACUGUUUCAAAUAAUUUUUUGACGCCAUCCCCAUCAAAUAUUCCUACCAAUGUUAUGCCUACAGUUAAACCUACAGAUAAUUUAUUAAUAAUGGUUUCAGGAGGUAUAUUUAUUUUAGGAAUUAUUUUUCUUUUGGUUCUUCUUUGGAAAUAUACUCCCAUUGGAUCUUGGAUUCGUAAUAGGAAGUCAAAAAAAAAGAAAGCAAGAAAAAAGAUUAAGAAAAUAACAAGGGAACCGUUGCUAAUGGACACAAAUAAUAUAAAGAAUGAACCAAUAAAUAAUGAAAAUUAUUCAUUCUUACACCAUGAAAAGGAAAUACUACAAUGUGAUAUGUGUUUGAAAAAUCGAAAAGAUUUGAAGUAUAAACAAGUAAAGAAAUCCAAAGCACAUAAAGGAAUGUAUAUGAAAAAUGAAAAAGAUUUGAAGUAUAAACAAAUGAAGAAAUCCAGAGCACAUAAAUGUGUAUAUAUGGAAAAUGAAAAAGAUUUGAAGUAUGAACAAAUGAAGAAAUCCAAAACGCAUGAAGGAAUGUAUGUGGAAAAUGAAAUAGAUUUGAAGUACGAACAAAUGAAGAAAUGCAAAGCGCAUGAAGGAAUUUAUAUGGAAAAUGAAAAUAAAUACAUUCGUGAAUUUGUAGAUGUAUUAAUGAAGCAUGAAAAUGAAUUCAUAUUGGGAGAAAAAUUAAAUGAAGAUAAUCCUAGAAAUGAAAUUGAAGAGAUUUAAUUAAAUGUAAAUAAAUCUAGAAAUAAAAUCAAAGAAGAAAAAUUGAAUAAAAAUAUAUUAGGAAUAAAUACAUCUCAUAUUGUAGAGUAUAUUAUGGAAGAUACCUUAAAUGAAGAAGAGACAAAUGAAAUAAAUUUGCAUAGAGAAAAAUCUACAUGUGAUAAUGAAAUGAAAAAUUUAGGAAAUAAAAGGUCAAUCAAGAAUGAUGUAUGUAAUUGGAAUUCAUGGGUAGAUAUACAUAUGACUGCAUUACUAGAGUAUAAAAAAGAGGAAUGGAAAUUGAAUAAAUCCGAAUUUUUUGAUAUUUGUUUAGAAGAGAUCGAAAAAGAUGGAGAAAAUUCUAAUUUAAAAGAAAUGGGAAAUAAUUUUGUAAGGAAAAUAAAAGAAGAAAAUAAUACCGAUGCAACAGAUAAAUAUAGUAGUAUAUUAGAUAAAUAUAAAAAUGAAGAGUGGUUUAUUAAUUUGAAGAAAGAAUGGGAACAAGAACAAAAAAAACACUUAGAAUAUUUAGAAGUACAUGAAAUUAAAAAAAUGAGAGAAAUUGGAGUAAAUAAUUUUAUUCUAGAUAAAAAAAAAAAAAUGUGGAAGAAAUGGAUAGAAUGUCAAAUAGAGCAUUCAUACGAAUAUAAAAAUCAGAAAUGGUUUAUAAAAUUGUUAGAAGAAUAUGAAAAAGAAGAAAUUAAUGAAAAUUUAAAGGAAGAAAAUAUAGAGAAAGAAAGAAAUAAUGGAAUAGAUAAAUGUGAAAAGAAAAAAAAUUUAGAAAGGAGAAUUUUGUUAGAUAUUCAUAUGAUGGUAUUAGAGGAAUGUACGAAAGAAGAGUGGGAAAAAGAAGAAGAAUUUUUUAAAGCAAAUAUGGAAGAGAUAAAAAAAUAUAAAAAUAUGGAUGAAGAAACAAACAUAUUCGAUAAAAUAGAAAGAGAAAGAAGUUGGAAUGUUAUAUCAGAGAAAAAAAAAGAAGAAAUAGAAAAAUGGAAAAAAGAAAAAUGGUUUAUUGAGUUAAUGUUAGAAUGGAAAUAUAAUGAAGAAAAAUAUAUGAUGGAGACAAAUGAAGAAAUUUUAGUAAAAAAGAAUAAAGAAAGAAUAAUAGAUGCUGUCUUAGAAAGAAAAAGCAAUAUAUGGAAAAAACACUGUGAAAAUAUUUAUAGAAAGUGGAAAGAAGAUGACAACAAUGAAGAAUGGUUUACAAAGUUAGUUAAAGAAUAUGAAAAUGAAGACAAAGAACAUAAAAGUAGAAUUUAUAAAAAUAGUAUUGAAAAAGAAAAGGAAAAUGAAAAAACCAUAGAAAGAGGUGAAUCAAUACCAGAGAUUAAUAAUAUGGAGGAAGGAAAAAUGAAAAAAUAUGAAAGGAAUAGUUUACAGGAAUCAUAUGGAAUGAAUAAUUCUAAAAUUAACAAAAAAAAAUUAAAAUGGGAGACUUUAAUAGGAAUAUAUAUGGUAAUAUUGGAAGAAUGUAGAAAAGAGGAGUGGUUAUUGAAUAGAGGAAAAUUUUUAGAAACCUGUUUAGAAGAAUUUAUAGAAGAAGAUAAAGAAAAAUAUCAAAAAAUAAUAGAAAAUGAUUUAGCAAUAAUGAAAGAAGGGGAUGAAGACAUUAGUAAAUUGAUGAUUGAGAAACAAAAACUUUUAUGGAAAAAAUGGGUAGAAAGAAACAAAAGAAUGUCAGAGAAAUGGAAAAAAGAAGAUUGGUUUAUUAAUUUGAAAAAAGAAUGGGGAAAAGAACAAGAAAAUUUUGGUGAAUUAACAAAAGAAUCACAAAUCGUAGAAAUAGAAGCAGGAAGAAAUCCUAUGCUAGAGAAACAAAAAAGAAUAUGGAAACAAUGGCUAAAAAAACAAAGAACGUGGUUUAUACUACAUAGCGAGGAUGAAUGGUUUAACAAUUUAUUAGACGAAUACGAAAAAGAAGAAGAACUUAAGGAAGGAAUAACUAAAAAAGAUGCGAAGGAAGUGAAGGAAAUUUAUGAAAAUAUAGAGGAAUUGAAACAAGAAGCAGAUGAAGAAAUAGAGAAAUAUAAAAUAAAACAAAAAUUGAUACAAAAGGUUUUGAUAGAAAUACAUAUGACUCUAUUAGAAGAAUGUAUGAAAGAAGAAUUGCAAAAAGAAAAAGAAUAUUUUUUUAAAAAAAUAGUGGAAGAAUUGAGAAUACAAGAAAAUUUAGAUGAGGAUGUUAACAUAUUGGAAAUAAAAAAAAAAAGUAGGAAUGUUAUAUUAAAUAAUGAUAAAGAGAAAAUAGAAGAAUGGAAAAAAAAAAAAUGGUUUAUAGAAUUAAUAUUGGAAAUGAAAAACAAAGAAAAGGAAUACAUAGAAGAAGUAUAUGAAUAUAUGAUAGCAAAAAAGAAUGAGGACAGAAUUAGAAAUCCCAUGUUAGAAAGGCAAAAAAUUAUAUGGAAAAAACACUGUGAAGAUAUUCAUAAGAGGUGGAUAGAAAAAAAUAAUAAAGAAUGUUUUACAACAGUAAUUUAUUAUUAA